GAAGUUAUUAUUGCAAUAUAUUGGGGCAUCGAAUUAUGCACUUCUAGUGACGUUAGCAGCGCCACGAAUAAUUAGCGAAUUGCAAUAUGCCGAGGUCAUUAAGUUACUUGAAAACCAUUUUAAUGUCAGAAAGAAUGUUCUGGUAGAACAACAUCGAUUCUUAUCUGAAAUCCAGAACGAAGGCCAGACAAUCGCAGAAUUUUCAGCUCAAUUACAAAAAAAAGCUAGCGAUUGCCAAUUCACAUGCGAAUGUAGCAAAUCAGUGGCAAACUUAUUUUUACGCGCGCAAUUCAUACGAGGGUUGAGCGAUAGUCCCUUUAGAGAACAACUACUACAAAACCCUGGAGACAAUUUUACUAAGUUAGUUGAGCGAGCAUCAGCUCUGGAAGCAGCGAAAAUUGAUAGUCAAGAAAUAGCAUCGGGAACCGGCCCCAAUGAUGUUAAACAGGGUUGGAAAAUAGGUGCUUGAGAUGCGCGCGCCAAAACCAUUUGACAAAGAACUGCAAAAUGAACAAAAACAAACUAAACUGUGAAUACUGUCACAAAACAGGGCAUGUAAAAGACGUAUGUAUACAAUACAAAAUGAAGCAAAGAAAAGAUCUAAAACAAACGAAUAAAGUUACAGAUUCGGAAAGUGAAUUUUCAGAAGAUGCCGCGGAUAUCCACAAAGUUAUAGACAUAUACAAAAAGGAAGAAAUAUCAAAGAGAGAAAUAGACAAAUUCUAUGCAAAAGUACUCAUAGAGGGAAAAAGCCAAAAGUUCGAAGUUGAUUCAGGGGCCGGGUACACCUUAUUACCAGAAAAUGAUUUCAAUAAACUGAAACUGAAUGUAAACCUACAGAAGUCGAACGUCGCUUUCCGUUCGUAUACCGGAGAAAUUUUUCUACCAAAAGGAGUAGCAAAAGUAACGGUAGAGUACAAAAACAAUAAGUCAAUAGUAGAUCUGUAUGUGGUAUCCGCUAGGCAUACGCCUCUCUUAGGUCGAGUUUGGAUUCGAAAGCUAGGUAUCAAGCUAGAAGAUGUUGAUAAACAAGUAAAGGCAAAAACUCUAUGCAACAUAAAUUCUAUUGAAAGUCUAGUAACAAAAUAUCCGGAAGUAUUUGAACAAAAAGUGGGGUGCAUACCGAACAUUUCAUGCUCACUGAAGUUGGUACCAGGAGCAAAACCUGUAUUUUUGAGAGAGCGACGAGUACCUUUCGCACUAAGAGAUAAGGUCGAGGAAGAGCUCGACGAAUGGGAGCGCGAUGGCAUUAUCACGAAAGUGAAUACCAGCAACUGGGGUUCACCAUUGGUGGUUAUUCCAAAACCGAACGGCAAGGUCCGUCUGUGCGUCGACUACAAAAUAGCCGUCAACCCACAAUUAGAGCCAGCUCACUACCCAAUCACAAGAGUUGACAAAAUACUGAAUACCCUAAAAGAUUGCAAAUACUUCUGUAAGCUCGACCUGUAUAAAGCGUACCUGCACGUAAAGGUUGAUGAAGAAAGUAAGAACAUACAAACAAUAUCAACACACAGAGGCACAUAUCGCAUGAAUCGUCUCGCGUUCGGGGUUAAGACCGCGCCGAGCGAAUUUAACUGUAUCUUAGACCAAAUCUUACGUGAUUUGCCAGGAACAUCAUCAUAUUUUGAUGAUAUUAUUGUAUUCGCGAAAACCAAACAAGAAUGCGAAGAAAUGCUAACGAAGUGCCUAGAUAAGUUGAAAGAAUACAACUUGCACGUUAACAGAGAUAAAUGUCAGUUCUAUAGAGAAAGAAUACAGUAUUUGGGGUAUACGAUAGAAUACAAUAAAAUCACAAAAUGUCCGGAAAAAGUAAAAGCCAUUCGCGAUAUUCCGACCCCAAAGAGACCUGAUGAUCUGAGAAGGUUCUUGGGAAUGAUAACGUAUUACUCGCGGUUCAUUCCAGAUCUAUCAACUAUUACUUACCCUUUGAGGAAGCUACUAUCCAAAAAUACAAAAUUUAAAUGGUCCGAGGAAUGUCAAUCCUCGUUCGAAAGACUUAAGCGCGAAAUUCUAACCGAUAGAGUUUUGAGGCCGUAUGAUGCAGAUUUGCCUGUGGUUUUGACGUGUGAUGCUAGCCCUACGGGCAUUGCGGCAGUGCUGGCGCAUGAAGAAAAUGGGGUCGAACGACCGGUAUCAUUUAUCUCACGAGCGUUAACUAAAGCAGAACAAAAUUAUAGUCAGUUAGAUCGCGAAGCGCUAGCAAUAAUAUUCGCAGUUGGCAAAUUUUUUCAAUAUUUGUAUGCAAGAGAAUUUACAUUAGUCACAGAUAAUCGACCCCUUUCUCGAAUUCUGCAUCAGAGCGAAAAAAUUCCGGCAAUGACAUCGGCUCGACUACUACGUUACGCCUCUUUUCUUCAAGGUUUUAAUUAUAAAAUGAAGCAUCGGAAAUCAGAACUGAUUACACACGUCGAUUGUUUGUCUAGAGCACCAGCAAAAGACUCGUCGAAUAGAUUCACAUAUUUUCUAGAUGAGGAAGUGAAUGCAAUACAAAUAGAAACAGUAAAUACAAUAUCCACCAACAUAGUUAGGGCGAUAUCUAUUGCAAAAGAAACCGGAAAUGACCCGGAGCUAGCUGAAUUGAGAACGAAAUUGAUAAAUGGUAAAAUUCAAGAUCCGGAAUACACCAUACAAAGUGAUAUUGUAUUGAAGGGCCAAAGGGUAAUGAUUCCAAAGUCCCUGCGUGGCGAAAUCCUAAAAGAGUUGCACUACACACAUUUGGGAAUCGUGAAAAUGAAACAAAUGGCUCGGCGAUAUUGCUACUGGAAAGGCAUGGAUGCAGAUAUAGAAAACUUAGUAAAAUCGUGCCAUGACUGCGCGAUGGUCCGAUAGGAUCCAGCACAAAUAACCACUCAUAGUUGGGAACAGCCGCAAGAAAAUUUUGAAAGGGUUCACAUGGACUAUGCUGGUCCAUUUCAAAAUCAUUUUUUCUUCGUUCUCAUCGACGCAAAAUCAAAAUGGCCGGAGAUAAGGGUAAUCAAGAAUGCACCCACGUCCGAGAGCACGAUCGAGUUAUUAGAAGAUAUAUUUUCAACACAUGGACUGCCACAAGUGCUAGUCUCCGACAACGCUACAAUUUUUCAAAGCAAAUCGUUCAGAUUAUUCUGCCAAAGUAACGGCAUCGUUCAAAAAUUUAUCGCACCAGGACACCCAGCUACGAACGGUCUAGCGGAAAGACACAUCCAAACGCUGAAGAACAAACUCGAAGCAAUGCAGCACGUUAACAUACCAAUGCGCAAGAAGGUCCACGAAAUUGUAAGCCGUUAUCGAAUCACACCUUUAGAAAAUAACAAAACUCCCGCGGAAAUUUACCUGGGGCGGAAAACUCGAACCAGGUUAGAUGCUAUUAAACCCGUACACUACGGCGAAGCAACGUCGUCACCUAUGGUCUCAGACCGAGCCCGACAAUUUAGCGUGGGAGACCGGGUGCAAGUAAGAUGGUUUCACAAAAAUAAAGCAACAUGGAAAUUCGGCGUAGUUACAGAAAAGUUCGGGAAGUUACAUUAUCAAGUUGAAUUAGAUAAUGGCUAUACCCUCAAGAGACACAUAAACCAACUUUAUAAAUCAAGCGUAACUAACGUCGAGGAUCACAAAGAAACUACGGUAAUAGAGAGAAAACAGAAACUACCAAACGAGAUAAUCAUCGAGCGUCGAGUAGCUCCGCACAUAGCUCCACAGCAACAAGCCGAAAGACAGGAGGUGGUACAUCCACAACAGGACGCCGAACGACAACCCGAGCCCGUAAGACGAUCAGGAAGGGCACGUAAACCGCCAGUCCGACUUCAAGACCAUGAACUUUAUUAGCGUGGGAGAUUAUUAUGUCUCAAAUGAUACUAGCCUUAAGUUUGGUACUUUAUUGUAAUCGUAUGGUAACAUCUUUUUAUCGAUACAUUUUGACUGUCACUAUAAGCAUUACAUCAUUUUCAAUUCUAAGAUAUCAAUUAUCAUAGUUGUACACUGAUCUAUAGUUUCGUGUAAUAAAGUACAUAUUAAACCGAACAUAAUAUAAGGUACGCCAAAUCACAUCCAGGAACUGAAACAGGCAAAAGAGUACUGAACAUUGUGUUAGUA